UUCACAAAACUGGGCGAGGGAGAGCAGAGGUGAAAAGGAUGCCGUGAGUUAUCUGUCGGUUAAAAAUCAAAAGAAGACUGAAGAUGAAAAUACAACUUACAAUCUUCCUUCAGGUCACUUUGUGGAUUUGCUUUGAGCAAGUGCUGCAAGAUGUGGCUGCAGGCAAAAAUCCAACUUCUCAAAAAACAGUCUCUGAUGCAAGCCUGAUGUUUGAGUUCUUGCUGAGUGGGCUUGAGAUGGACCAGGACAACAACAUCAUCUUGCACGACAAGGAACUGGCAUCAAUGAGGUCAGGGCGGGCUUUCCUGUCCCAGAUCAACGACAACAUCCCCAGAAGUCGGAGCUCCAUGCUGCAGAUGGUGACCGCACUGAAGGCUCAGAAGAGGCGGCCGCUGACUCAGACUCAGUUUGAGAGUCUUGUCCUGAGCAUGGUGUACUCUGCCUACCAGGCCCGGCGUCAGGACAGGGAUGAGGAGCAGAAGGCCUGGGGUGGAGUGCUUCUCCAGUUGGCAAAUGUCACGGUCCAUGAGCUACGUGGAAGUCCUCUCUUCAAUUAUGCAUGACACACAUAUCACCAUUCUGUAUGAGAUGAAAGGUGUAUGCAAUAAAUCACUUACCUUAAA